UUCAGAUAUUCCGAAACUGAUAUAGAGGAAUUGGAAACUAAAUAUUGUUACGAAGGGAAUACUUUUCUAAUUUUUUAAAAAAAUGGCUGAUAACGAACAGAAGGCAAUGCAAUUAGUUGCCGAUGCAGAAAAGAAACUUAAAUCUGCUCAGGGAUUUUUAGGUGGUCUAUUUAGAUCAUCAUCCAAAAUUGAAGAAGCAUGUGAAAUGUAUACCAAAGCAGCUAAUAUGUUCAAAAUGGCAAAGAAAUGGAACGCUGCUGGCAGUGCUUUCUCAGAAGCAGCAAAUCUGAGGUUAAAAAUGGACAACAGGCAUGAUGCUGCUGCUUGUUUGAUUGAUGCUGGAAACUGCUACAAGAAAUCAGAUGCACAUGAGGCCAUCAAAUGCAUUACCAAAGCUAUAGAAUAUUACACUGAUAUGGGACGAUUUACUGUAGCUGCUAAACAUCACAUGACAAUUGCUGAAAUUUAUGAAACAGAAUUGGCAGAUGUAGAGAAAGCUAUGCAGCAUUAUGAGCAAGCUGCAGACUUUUUUAGAGGUGAAGAAUCAAAUAGCUCUGCAAACAAAUGUAUGCUAAAUGUAGCUAAAUAUGCUGCUCAGCUAGAACAAUAUGAAAAGGCAAUUGGCAUUUAUGAACAGGUUGGUGAAGCUUCACUUGCAAGUCCGUUAAUGAAAUAUAGUGCUAAAGAAUAUUAUUUUUGUGCUGCUCUAUUACAUACAUGUGUUGAUGUAUUAAAUGCUCAGCAUGCUAUCAAAAAAUACGAAGAAAUAUGCCCCUCUUUCCAUGAUUCAAGAGAGUGUAAAUUUGUGCAGACACUUCUUGAAAAGAUAGAAGAACAAGAUGUAGAUGGCUUUACUGAUGCAGUGAAAGAAUAUGAUUCCAUAUCUCGCUUGGACUCUUGGUAUACAAAUAUUUUACUUCGUAUCAAAAAGACCAUUUCUGAGAAUCCAGACUUAUGUUGAAUUAACUUUCUCAAGUUAAUAUUAUCAGUUGUUGCACAUGCUUGGAUAGAUCAAGUAUUUUAUUGAUUAACAGCAAAAUUUUAUUUAUUUUGCUUUUGUUAAUAUUCUACUAUUUAUUUAUUAAUUUACUAUUUAUAUAAUUUAUUCAAAAAAUUGUAUAGACUUGUAUAAAUGACAUAACUCUUUUGAGUUCAAAGCUAUAAAUCAUGUCAUUUGUUAUUUUCCAUUAAGG